AUUACCCACAAUGCCUCUCGCUAUUAUUACCGGAAACUGCUACGUGUUCAGUUUCGCGACACUUGAAGUAUAAACAGCUACACGAACGACCAACAAAAAGUUGCAUUUUUUGAGGAAAGGACAUAAACAAAAAGGUCCAUGUUGCCAACCAUCAGCCAACACAGCAAUGGUUCCCUUGGUUCGAGGGAUGCCGCACGUCACACAGCGGGUGCCAAGCGCUACAAGUACCUGCGAAGACUGCUCCACUUCAGGCAGAUGGACUUUGAAUUCGCCGCGUGGCAGAUGCUCUAUUUGUUCACGUCACCGCAGAGAGUCUACCGCAACUUCCACUACCGGAAACAGACCAAGGACCAAUGGGCCCGGGACGACCCAGCUUUCCUGGUGCUGCUCAGCAUCUGGUUAUGUGUUUCAACAUUAGGCUUUGGUUUGGUGCUGGACAUGGGCGUUCUUGAGACAUUGAAGCUUCUGCUGUGGGUUGUCUUCAUUGAUUGCAUAGGAGUGGGUCUCCUUAUAUCAACCCUCAUGUGGGUGAUAAGCAACAAAUACUUGCUGAAACACCCAAGCCGUGAGUUUGAUGUCGAGUGGGGUUACGCGUUUGACGUCCACCUCAAUGCUUUCUACCCGCUCCUUGUCAUUCUGCACUUCCUGCAGCUCUUUUUCAUCAACCAUUUGAUGAUGAUUAAAUCUGACUGGUUCGUCGGAUACUUUGUGGGGAACACUUUGUGGCUGAUUGCCAUCAGUUAUUAUCUCUACAUCACCUUCCUGGGGUACAAUGCUCUGCCUUUCCUGAAGAACACUGUGGUCCUGCUGUACCCCUUUGCCCCGCUGGCACUCCUUUACAUCCUCUCCAUCUCGCUUGGCUGGAACUUUACUCAAGGUCUCUGCUGGUUUUACAAGUACAGAGUCCAGUAGGCGAGGUGCGAUGGAAGCUGGACAGCGAUUUGCACACGUCAAAGUGACAGCGUAUCACUUGGCAGGACUGAUUCUGACUCUGGAAUAACGCUGUUUGUUUUCUGUUUGAGUUUGAAUGCCUCUGUUAGCAGUGACAUUGCAGGAACAAAGGAGAAGAGCUACAGCUUCUAGUUCAUUUUGUAUGAUUUGUAAAUAGAAUUCUGUGAGGUUGUAAUAUAUACACACAAAGAAUCGUGAAAACAUUUGCUGUGCUUUUGUUUUUAUUGGAGUGAGAGAAAAUCACUAACUUCAAAUGAAAACAUGAAACAGUGCACAUUCCAAUGCUUUUUCAAUAAAAUGUUUUCUGGACUU